GGCACUAUUGAAUUUUGACAGCGCCUGGCUUGAAUAAUAGUGGGAAUAACCAACCCCCCCUCUGUCCACUGGCCGUUAAGCCUGCCGGGCGAUGCUUCUGGUUUGCAUGAACCCCCAUCGAGUCAUCGACACUAGUAGCAUUUGUGUGAUAAUAGUGCUGGUCACUAGGAUGGGCGCUUCGUUAGUGUCCUCAUUAAUCGCACGGAACUUCAGCCAGGGGAUGGGGCCCCGUUUCCACCAUUUGUUCUUCUCAGUUUUCAGUUUUCUGCUUGGAGCAAUUGUUUGGCGCUUGGAUCCGGCGAUGGCUCUCCUAUUUUAAUUAAUUUUCUUCAACCCUGAUUUUUUUUUCUGGGUGGACUAUCCGCCUGUUGUCUGCGAGAUGCGUCACCAAGUGAUUUUGCCCAGCAUCUGGGCUGGGAACGAAGCAAGGAUGAGGGAUCCA